AUGGUAUGCUGUGCCUCCAGAGCACUGUGUAAACUUGUUGAAGACAAGCCUCAAGAGUGGGACGAGUAUCUGGAUGCUGUAAUGUUUGGCUUGAGGACAAAGAUACACCUCACCACUAGAUUCAGUCUAUUUUUUUUAAUGUUUGGUAUGGAGGCACGCUACCCAUGUGAAUCAAGUGAAAAUGAUGAGGUUGACAGCUCAGUGGAGGACAUCAUGACAGAACAAACUGUGUCCAGCGCUAUUGCUCUAAAAGAAAAGAUGGACAACAUUGUCAAAGCCAAUGUUAAAAAAAAACAGGACAAGAGGCACAAGGUCCUGAAUCCAUCCAUUCUGUUGGUGGGGCAAAAGGUCCUGAGAAAAAAUAUCAGGACACAGCAGAGGAAAGGGGGGAAGCUGGAGCGCACCUGGCUUGGACCUUAUACAAUUACCAGCAUUGUCAAUAAAAGUGCAGACCUGGUUGAUGAGGUGGGGAAAGUAUUUCCAAAAAUCAACACCGACCAUCUAAAACCAUUCAUCGAACCACAACCCCGCAUUCCUCACAGAAUUCGUACACAACCUACAGAUGCACCACCAAACAAGAAAACACGUCUCAGCAGCUCAGAGCAAUCCCCUCCACACACCCAAAUCAUUUCACCAGAAGAUUCACAAUCACCAUCCCCUCCAACGACUCCUUUUGACCUUUCAGCUGCACCACCACACCACUGUGAUUCACCAAUAGACCUCACAACCAAACCACAACCACAACCUGUUCCAUUCACUCUCCUGUCACCAGUGGACCUUUCCCUUCCGAAAACAUCAUCACAUCUGUCACACCUGUCCCCCAGCCCCACUGCUGAAACCAGAUCCACUGAACUGGAGCCAGAACCAGUGCAGGACUCCCAAUCCUGAACUAGAGCCAGAGCAGGAGGACUGGAGGACACAGUCAUCCACAGCUGUAUCAAAAAUGCAUGGAGUGGCAAUGACAGCCAUGUACUAUUAUCAAAGGACAUACAACAGCUUGGGCCCGGGAAGGAGUUGGAGAGUGAGCUGCGCAUAUCUUUGAUUCUCAUAACGCUUUUACCUGCUAAAUGUAUUCCUGUUUUUUCAUGUUAUGACCAUGCUUAAUAUUGAUGUAGGCCAUAAAUGCAUGUCUCAGACUAAUGGUGAGGCAUCACAAUAAGAGGUCAAUGAAGAUUGCCUACCAUAUGGACACUUUUGCCAUUACAGCCAUGUGGCAGAAAACAAAUCUAAAACUGAAGGUGUGCUAAAUGCAAUGUUGGUUGUGGUGGUGAUGGUGGUGGAGUGGUGAGGGAUCUGGGAUUCAAAC